AUGGCGCCAUCACCAGAGCCGCGCACCUCUGCUGGUGCGUCAGAGAGCCUCGACGACAAUAGCGCCGGCAGCGGCAGCACCAGGCGAUACUGCUGGGAAUGUCAGCGCCGGGGCUUGGUCUGCGAUUCUAAACGUCCGGUAUGCUCCAGGUGCAAGCUUAGCGGCAUAGUGUGCCCUGGGUAUGAGAACGUGAAGCCUUUGACCUGGGUGACCCCUAAUCAGGUCACGACGCGGACAUGGAGGGGCGGACGAAAACCGAAAACUGAUAAAAUCGACAUCGCCAAGAAGGGUUUGAAAGGCAGCGGCAAAAAAAAGGCGAUACCGAAGAUUCCAGAAGAAGAAGGUCGCCGGGUAAAGCUCAUCCAUGUAUUUCCCGGACAAGAGCUCCGGACGGAAACAUGCGACAUUGCUGAGGCUUCAAUUUAUUGGAACGAACAGGUUUACCCAUACUUCUACGAGAACCAGCUCACUAAGAGCCCGUGGGUUGUACCAAUUUCCCACAUCCACGCUAUGAAACCAUACCGACGGCAUGGCCUAGUCACUAUGGCAAUCGAGCACCGGAUGUCACGCCUAUCGCCUGCAAGGAAUGACGCUUACGCAAUUGAGGUCAGAGCUAGGGCCUAUCAGCAUCGUCUUACAGCGAUCCAGGCUUUAAAUAAGGACAUCGAGAACGAGACUUAUGGGGAGUGCAACAGAGCCUAA